GAUGCGGACCACGAUUGUUAAGCUUCGUAAUGGCCAAAACGUUGCUUCUUCUAGGGGCAAUAAUAGAAGGACAUGAGAAAAAUAAGUGUUUGUGUUUUUCUCCUUUUUCUCUGGACAAGGCUGGAUUGGGCGAACGGUCUUCUUGAUCAGGUGCCAAUAGGCGCCAUCUUUGACCGCCAUUCUGUUCAGGUACGAACAGCCUAUCGCUAUGAAGUUCACAGAUACAAACGAGCGUAUUCCCAUGCCUACCGGUUUGAACUCAACGAUAAUUGGACGGCAGUCCUUGACGUCACAGACAGUUUCGCGGUCAGCAAUGCGCUGUGCUCACAGCUGUCUCAAAACGUCAUUGCCAUAUUUGGAGUGUCCAAUGCAUCGUCCUUGGCAACAAUACAGUCCUAUAGCAAUACUUUCCAAGUCCCCUUCAUCACGUUCUCCAUGGCUCAAAACACAUCAUCGAACUCAUCCUUCCAGAUCUAUAUGCGCCCACUCUACGUCAACGCCAUCAUCGACAUUAUAGAAUAUUAUUUGUGGGCCAAAGUGUAUUAUAUAUACGAUACUGAUGAAGGUCUUAUACGUCUUCAGCAGUUGUUUCAGUCUGUAAAUACGCACGAGUACUACCUACACAUAGACGCCAAGCGGGUGUCCGGCAUCGAGAGCUGCUUCAUGAUGUUACUCGACCUGCACCAGCGGGACCAUGAGGAGGACCACCACGUCAUCCUCGACAUGGAGAUCGGCAAGGCCGAGAACAUCAUUCUCAAGAUGAUGGGUGAUCCGGAAAUAAACAAUGCAAAAUUUCAUAUAAUAUUGGUAGAGUUGGGCAUUUUAGAAAUGAACGAGACGAACUUUAAGAUCGGCGGUAUGAAUAUCACUGGCUUCCAGCUGGUGGACAUGGCUAACAAGACGGUCCGGAGGUUCCUUGACCGAUGGAGGGGCAUGGACUCUACAGACUGGAAAGGAGUAGAACAUGGCGAAUUAAAGUACGAAGCCGCAUUAGCAGUUGAUGCCGUGAAGCUAUUCACGAGAGCCUUAGGGAAAAUACUAUCCACGGAUUCGGACUUCCUCCGUAGGAAAGGUCGGCGGACCGGGUCGGGCAAGACGGUCAAGUGUACGGAUGACUCGGUUAUUGGUACCAGGCAUGGAAAAACUGUCUUGGAGGCGCUCAAAAAGACUGAGUUUGAAGGGCUGACUGGCAGAUUAGCGUUCGACAGCACUGGGAUGAGGAAAAACUACAAACUCGAUGUUUAUGAUAUAGCUAUGAACAGAGGAAUAGCAAAGAUAGGUUACUGGAACACCAAGGAGAAGCUGGUCAUACACCAGGCUCGACUGUAUCGGAACCACAACAGUCAGCUGGACAUGAACAGAACGAGGAUCGUCACCACCAUCCAGGUCGAACCUUACAUCUCUCUUAAAAGCAACGCAAAGGGCGGCGUUCCUAGGAUUUCUAACUCUGACGUGGAGGGUUUCUGUGUGGACCUCACUAGGGAGGUGGCCUAUAGAGUGGGAUUUGAAUACAGAAUACAGUUUGUGAAGGACGGAUCGUAUGGCGCCAAGCAGGACAAUGGGACAUGGAAUGGCAUGGUGGGCGAAGUCAGCAGACAUGAAGCUGACAUGGCCAUUGCCCCUUUGACCAUCACGGCAGCUCGUGAGCGGGUGCUUGACUUCACCAAGCCCUUCAUGAGUCUGGGCAUCAGCAUAAUGAUCAAGAAGCCGGAAAACCAGAAGGCCCACGUGUUCUCGUUCAUGGACCCGCUGUCCUAUGAGAUAUGGAUGUGCAUUGUGUUCGCCUACAUCGGCGUCAGCGUCGUCCUCUUCCUCGUCAGCCGGUUCAGCCCCAACGAGUGGCACAUGUGCGAGGACUCCUCCAUUACAAAUGACUUCACCAUCUCCAACAGUCUCUGGUUCUCUCUAGGGGCUAUUAUGCAGCAAGGUUGUGAUAUAUCACCGAGAUCCAUGUCCGGUCGGAUUGUUGGGAGUGUGUGGUGGUUCUUCACUCUCAUCAUCAUCUCCUCAUACACAGCCAACCUCGCCGCCUUCCUAACCGUGGAGCGCAUGCUCACACCCGUGGAAUCUGCUGAAGAUCUUGCCAAACAAACGGACAUCCAGUAUGGUGUCAUCAACUCAGGCAGUACCAAGAGUUUCUUCCAGAAUUCAAAAGUUGCCGUAUAUCACAGAAUGUGGUCUUACAUGACCUCUGCCCAACCCAGCGUGUUCGUAAACUCUUUAGAGGCGGGCAUACAGAGAGUGAGAAAUUCUAAUGGAAAAUAUGCGUUUUUAAUAGAAUCUGUGACGAACGAUUACUAUAAUGCAAGAUACCCGUGUGAUACCAUGAAGGUUGGAAAUAAUCUCAAUUCUAAUGGAUUUGGUAUAGCAACUCCAAUUGGAUCAGAGUUGAAAGAUAAAUUAAAUUUUGCCGUGCUAGAACUACGAGAGUCUGGAAUAUUAGCUCAAUGGCGAAAACACUACUGGUUUGACAAAGGAGAAUGUCCCAAACAAGCUUCAUCCAAGGAAGGUGGUCAGAAUGCUCUCACUCUGCAAAAUGUUGCUGGAAUCUUCUUCAUUUUGAUUGGUGGAUUAGUGUUGGCGCUGAUCACUGCGUGUCUUGAAUUCUUUUACAAGUCAAGAGUUGACGCCAAGAGAUACAAGAAAACCUUUGGAUCCACACUUCGAUCAAAAGCUCGGCUAUCAUUCAGAGGUCAUUUGGAUAAAAAUGAAGCCGCUACAACAUGUCCCAGGAGAAUUGGCGUUAAUACAUAUACUUACACAGGUCCAACACCGAUGGUCGGAGUAGACACAUACCCAGACAGUAACACACACACUGAAGUUUGACACCAGUCAAAGCCGACACUAGAGGCAGUGGGAAUUAGCCAAACGAAUACCGAACUCUGACACGGAAACGUUGACACGAGAUCCAAUGGGGAAUAGUAAUACAAAUACUGACAACUGGCAGACACCAAAGCUGACGUUGAUUCAUUGAAACAUAGAACUAGAUAUUCCAGAAAUUCGACACAAAUAAAGGCUGACAAAGUUAGAAGCUGGAAUUAGGUGGAAGGUGGUAGCUUUGCACAAUGCAAAUGUUAAUGAGCUAAAUCGUUACAUUAAAUCGAGUAAGAACAACAUAGAAAGCGAAAUCUGCAGAAGCAAGAGAUGGUAGUGGAUUGAGAAGAAAACGAUAAACACAUGGCAUCUGACAGACAAUCGCAUCGAGUGGACGGGAGUAGAACUUGACACUGAAGUUAUAUGCUGAUUUCUGUUAAUCACGCUGGAAUUAACAGACGGUUGAUGAGUAUAAAACACCAAGGCAAAGUACUGAAGAGGCACCUGCGCUGAGGACAAAUUUAGAGGAAUGUAUUACUUGAACAACGAAUCUUUUAAGAAGGAAAUGGAACAGAAUGGUCAAUAUAACGGUUUUCAUACAUGUAGAUAAAACUAAAUAGAACCAGAACAUAACAUAACAUCAUUCAUGAAAUAAAAAAAAACCUGUUGUUGAACUAUUAUUACAAUGUCAAUUGUGGACACAUUGCUCACAUGCAUUUGUUUGACCAGCAUCACACAUGACUGAAGGCAGUCGUAAGUGAUUAUCACAGACCUGACAUCACUCUGUUUAAUAAAACUCGAGCAAAUUCGCAACUAUCAACCAUGUACAAAGGAGUACUCUUGUGUACCACAACCCCCCCCCCCCCCCUCCUAAAAUGUAAUUCACUAAUGUUAAUACUGCAACCGAUAUUUUUUUAACAUUUAUUGUCGUUUAAAAAUAAUAUUACGCUAGCAUUAACACCCCCAUCAUCAUAAGGUUUGUACGCUCGUGAAAAUGCCAACAAUUGUGAACGACAGAAUUUUCCAAAUAUAUAUGAUGUUGCAAGAACGUUACUAGGUUUUAACAGUUAUUGACACUGCAGUUUUUAAAUUACCUAUAGCUAAGGGGUUGAUGCCUUCAACAAUUAAGUUUGCUAUAAAUGCACAUAAAAGAGACUAUGUUCUAUUAAGAUUCUGGCUAAUACGAUGCUAUACUAAUGCAUUUAAAUCUACCGGUACGGUCAACCAGUACCGACAUAUUCCAUUGUCCAGCACCAGCAUCUGGAUGAUGUUCAUUACACUUUGAUGAAAAAGAAUUUGUGCUUUUAAAUGUAUGUCUAUUAAUGUUCUAUAACUGCACCUUGAACAACAAUGAGCCAAGCUUCAUUGCAUUCUUUUGCAUUUUUGAUAAUCUCUGCACUAAAUAUACAUAUAAUGUAAGCAAUGAAAGAUAACGUUUUAAUUAUUAUUGUUAUUCGUAACGAUCACAUCACUGGCGUUUUCUACAAAGGUAUUAUGGAAAUAAUGAUCUCCCACCAUAACUCAGAGUAUUAAUCAGGUCCAUGUUUUUCACACACGCGCACGCAACCACUCGCUCUUAUAAACUAUUUAUAUCUUCACUCGAGUCGACAAUAUGAUAAGAUAAUAUUGUUAUGUACUAUUUAAGUAGCUAUUUAAAAAUGCCACCUUCAGAUCGCGUGUUUAUUAAGCGUUAAGUCAUGACUCAAGACUUUAAUUAUACGCUAUUUGUAUGGCCAAGACGUUAUUAACGUUUUGAGACUAGACUUUAGUUUUAUAAGCACAGAUCGAGCAACACCAUUUGGAUGAUGCUUAUUUCAAUAUGUUUAAGGAAACAUUGUUAGUGAUUGAAAUGCCUGUGCAUUUUUUUAGUGUAAUUCUUCUCAGUGAUGUAAAUUAUGAUCUUGGUAUAUUAUUGUACCACUUGAUUCUGUGAUGUACAUAUAUCAUAAAACCAUUAACAUAGACAGUGUAUAAUAAAUAAUAGUAUAUUAUGUUGACUCUUUGGAUCGUAUGUUAUGCAGGUUUUAUGGAUUGAAUAAAUAUAUGUUUCUUUUGCAGAAUCUCAUGUUACUGUAAGCAGUUUAGUUUGUACGUAAAUGAUAACAAUGUAGGUGAUUGUGUCACGUCGCUGCUAUUAAUGUUAUCUCCUUGUACUAUAUUGAGAUUUCUGUUUGAAUGGAUGACUGAGUUAAAUUUCAAAUAAUUAAAUAUACUUUACGGUAAAUCGAUGCUCCGAAUGGUGCUUUUUGAAAUAUCAAUUGACCAAAACAGAUGAGAUAAUUGAUAAUCUCCUGUUCGCCAAAUAGCAAAACAGCUCGUUCAAAAAUUGCGUGUACUUUUAGAUAUAUCAUCAUGUUAAAUGUUUGGAUAAAUAAAACUUUGAUAUGGCUACAGACGUUUUGAUGCAAUUCGCCUAAUUUCUAGUACUUUUGUUUCCAACUAAAAGAUUCCAACUUAGCUCUUGGGGAUGUCCGUAUUUAAUAUUAGAUGACGUCACUGUUUGAUUACGUGAUUUCACUGUUAUAUAUCCACACCUCUGUAUUUCUACGUUUUCAUUCAUCAGCUUUACGUUUUUGUCAACGAUAUUGUUUAAUCGUGAUUUCAUGAAACAUUUUUCUACCAUAUGAUAUAUCAGACUAUUUCAUAAAGCAGCAACAACAUUGUAUGCACCUGCAAAUUGGUGAUUUUAUUCCAUAUAGAUGUGAGUGUAUGUGUCUUGUGUUUGUAGUUUAUCUACUAGCUGGAGGCCAGUAUGCAUUUAACUGCUCAUCGGUACCCAAACCUGAAACAGAGCACGGCGUUUAGUAAAUGUAAACUUAAACGCCGUUUAUGGAUGUGCAGGAUUUGUUAUUUCUCAAAGUACAUGUACGUUUAAUGUACAAACCAGUUAUCUAGCUAGACUUAGUGUAAUAUACAAUAUAUGUACUACACAAAUCACAAAAUGAUUUCGAUCAUCAUCACUGUAAAUAUUAUUUAAUAACACUGAAUCUCGUAUUCACAAUAUAAAUAUUGUUAACAAAACUUGUUUGUCAGUUUCUCACUAGAUUGGUUUUAGUACAGCCUGAUACAAAUAUAACUGUUCACCACGUCAUUAUACUGAUUCUUCUAACAACGUUUUAUUAAUAAUAAUGUUUCUACAUACAGAAUAUGAAUGAACCUAAUUUAAUCUGUAUCUUAUUUGGAUUGGU